CCUGUCUUACCGGAUGGUGUGUUUUGUAGAGGAAGUUUUGUUUUGCGAGUUUUCCGUCCCAUUCGACUGACUGGGUACUUAGUUAAUGCACUUAAAAGACCCCGACAUGAUAUAAGUGUGAAUCGCAUUACCGUUAACCGUUAAAGUGUUCAAGGUGAGGACAAAAACCGGUGUUGUUUGAAACGGCGGAUCUCCACUCUUCAGAGUAACCCGAGAGCACCUUCCUGCUAAGCUAACGUUACCUAGCUAGUUAGCGCGGAUAGCGUUUGGGUCUGGUUUGCGUCCUGUUUAAGGGGCUCUCCGAGCUAACGAAGCCAUGGGGAACCGGGGCAUGGAAGACCUGAUUCCCCUGAUCAACAAGCUUCAAGACGCGUUCAGCACCAUUGGCCAGAGUUGUAAUUUAGACCUUCCUCAAAUUGCGGUGGUCGGUGGACAGAGCGCUGGGAAAAGCUCAGUCUUGGAGAAUUUUGUCGGCAGGGACUUUCUUCCACGUGGAAAUGGCAUUGUUACCCGAAGACCUCUCAUUUUGCAGCUGGUCAAUAAUACCGCAGAAUAUGCUGAAUUCCUGCACUGCAAAGCGAAGAAGUUUGUGGAUUUUGAUGAAGUGCGGUCGGAAAUUGAAGCAGAGACCGAGAGGAUAACAGGCGCCAACAAAGGCAUCUCUCCCAUCCCAAUUAACCUGAGGGUCUACUCCCCCAACGUGCUGAACCUGACCCUGAUCGACCUCCCGGGAAUGACUAAGGUUGCCGUUGGAGACCAGCCCGUAGACAUCGAGCACCAGAUCAGAGACAUGCUCCUGCAGUUCAUCACCAAGGAGAGCUGUCUGAUCCUGGCCGUCACUCCUGCCAACACCGACCUGGCCAACUCGGACGCUCUGAAGAUCGCCAAGGAGGUCGACCCACAGGGUCUGCGUACUAUUGGUGUUAUAACAAAACUGGACCUGAUGGAUGAAGGGACGGAUGCAAAGGACAUCUUAGAAAACAAACUCCUGCCACUGCGUAGAGGGUACAUUGGUGUGGUGAACCGCAGUCAGAAAGACAUUGAUGGGAAGAAGGACAUUCGUGCCGCUCUGGCUGCAGAGAGAAAGUUCUUCCUGUCUCACCCCGGCUACAGACACAUAGCAGAGCGUAUGGGCACACCACAUCUACAGAAGACACUCAACCAGCAAUUGACCAAUCACAUCAGGGACACUCUGCCUGGACUGCGCAGUAAAUUGCAGAGUCAGCUCCUCUCCCUGGAGAAGGAAGUGGAGGAGUACAAGAACUUCCGUCCAGACGACCCAACACGCAAGACCAAGGCCUUGUUGCAGAUGGUGCAGCAGUUUGGUGUGGACUUUGAGAAGUGCAUUGAGGGCUCAGGGGACCAGGUGGACACCAACGAGCUGUCGGGGGGCGCAAAGAUUAACCGCCUCUUCCACGAACGCUUCCCCUUCGAACUGGUCAAGAUUGUGUUUGAUGAGAAGGAGCUAAGGCGAGAAAUCAGUCACGCAAUCAAGAACGUCCAUGGUGUCAGAACGGGGCUCUUCACCCCUGACCUGGCUUUCGAGGCGAUAGUCAAAAAGCAGAUCCUCAAACUCAAAGAGCCCAGCCUCAAAUGUGUGGACCUUGUGGUGUCCGAGCUGACCGCGCUCGUCAUGAAGUGUGCUGUUAAGCUCAAUUCUUACCCAAGGCUGAGAGAGGAGACUGAGAGGAUUGUCACCACCCACGUGAGAGAGAGAGAAGGAAAGACCAAGGACCAGGUUCUGCUGCUGAUUGACAUUGAGCUGUCCUACAUCAACACCAAUCAUGAGGACUUCAUAGGCUUUGCUAACGCCCAGCAGAGAAACACAGCUGCAAACAAGAAGAGACCCAUACCCAACCAGGGUGAGAUUCUGGUGAUCAGGAAAGGCUGGCUAACCAUCAACAUCAGCAUCAUGAAGGGCGGCUCCAAGGAGUACUGGUUUAUCCUGACUGCAGAGUCCCUGUCCUGGUACAAAGACGAGGAGGAGAAAGAAAAGAAGUACAUGCUGCCCCUUGAUAACCUGAAGCUCCGAGAUGUGGAGAAAGGCUUUAUGUCCACGAAGCACGUCUUUGCAAUCUUCAACACCGAACAGAGAAACGUCUACAAGGAUCUUCGCCAAGUUGAACUGGCAUGUGAUUCUCAAGAGGAUGUGGACAGCUGGAAAGCCUCUUUCCUCAGGGCUGGAGUUUAUCCGGAGAAGGACCAGACGGACAAUGAUGACGCUGCCCCUGCAGACACAUUCUCUAUGGACCCUCAGUUGGAGCGACAGGUGGAAACCAUCCGUAACCUGGUGGAUUCGUACAUCGGCAUCAUCAAUAAAUCCACCAGAGACCUUGUGCCCAAAACCAUCAUGCAUCUCAUGAUCAACAGCGCGAAGGACUUCAUCCACUCGGAGCUGCUGGCCUACCUCUACUCGUCUGGGGACCAGAACAGCCUGAUGGAGGAGUCAGCUGACCAGGCCCAGCGCAGAGACGAAUUGCUGCGCAUGUAUCACGCACUCAAGGAGGCCCUGGUCAUUAUCGGAGACAUCAGCACCAGCACCAUCACCACCCCAGUACCCCCACCCGCAAAUAACAACUGGAUCCAAGACGCCAGCCCCACCCCUCAGCGCAGACCCCCCCCAGCAGCCGCCCCGGCCCCCAGCCGCCCGCACGCUGCACGUGGCCCCACCCCCGGACAACCAAUGAACCCUUCCCCUGCCUUCGGAGUGCCGCUCAACCCCUCUCCCGCCUUCGGAGCUCCACCCAUCCCCUCGCGCCCGGGCCCACCCAUCAACGCUUUCAACAACCACCAGGACCCCUUCAGCGCACCCCCACAGAUCCCCUCCCGGCCCGCCCGCGUCCCACCUGGUGUACCUAGCCGAAGACCUCCCGGGGCUCCUUCUCACCGGCCCACCAUUAUCCGCCCUGCUGAGCCCUCCCUGCUAGACUAGAGCUGUGGCCAAGUGUGUGUUUGUGUGUGGGUGUGUGAAUCUGCACACUGAAGGCCAGGGGCGGGGGCUCGAGGGGGAGGGGCUGACUCAUAGCGGUGCAUAAUGUGUGUCGUCAAGCCGUACAAAUAUGUCUCUUCAAGCAAUGUAAAAAAGCUGCUAAUACCAUCUUUAUCAGUGCACAUGAAAGACAGAAAUCCCUUUACCACUUGAAUAUUACUUUUGACUGCUGUGGAAAUGGUGUUAAAUGAAACCCAGCUGACCUGUGGGAUGCAUUUAGCUUCAGUGGUUAGGAGAUGAUGUAUCAAAUUCAACUUCAGAGCUUAUUUUUACUACAAUAACUGGUUUAUUUCUUCUGACGAGGUUCCCAGCAGAAGCUCAUUAAGUAAUUUAUUAACUGUUAAACGCUGGCUUUCUUCUCCCCUCCCUCAGCAUUUUAGAUUGGAAACGCCCAUCUCUAGAUCUCUGUGUAUUAUUCACAUUAACCUGUUGUUAAUGUUGGACUGGGUUUUCAUUUCCUAACUGAUUCCUACUGAAACCAAUAGCUGUUGUUAUUUUGGUGGUGCAGAUUGCAUUUCCCCUUCGGCCCUUUUGUUAUUAUAUUUGAGUGUUGUUUUUAUGACCAUCAGAAAAGUAGCUUUAAAAAAUGAAAUCACAGAAAAGCAAAGCAUGAAAUGGGGCCGGGUUGUGUGAGAGUAGCUUCAGCCCCCCCCCCCCUCUCUGUGAUUUACUUUUACUUCCACAAUGAAAAGAUGUCAGAUUGACCGUUAUAAUCCAAGCACUUCUAGCCAUGUAGCCUUACGGCAAACCUCUCAUUACAGGAUGUUGUAGUCCGUUACCAGAACACUAUGCACGGAAACGCAGGAGAGGGACGUACAGGCUGAAGGCCGUCUGCACUUUGCGAGAUGCUUUUUUCUCCAGUAAUUCUACCUUUUUAAAGCCUUGAAUUAUAAUCCCUUUAAAUCUCAGUUGAACCCCAAUGAGACCUUCAGCCUUCAGGGUAGACUUUGUUCAUUCCUGGAUUAACUGAUUUAUAUAGAGCAGAGCACACAGAACAGCUUCCUCUCAGAGAGGAUCAAACUCAGAGAAGCGGUGGGGUGAGUAGUACCAGGACGUGAUUUACAGAAUAAAGAUGGUAUUAAACAUUUAGGGGCUGGCACAUCUCUUUCCGGGCUUAGCUGUCAAGGACAUUUAUUAUUGCGAUCAGUUCUGCUUCCAUGCAUUAAAGUAUUGUAUAUAGCUGGCCUAUACUGGGGAGUUAGCACUUGUAUUUCAUUUAAUCGCAGGGCUGAUAACAAAAACAUGCUUGUAAUUCUUAUCAAAUCCCAAACUGUUAAAAUGCAACUGUCGUGGUUUAAAGGAAGCACUAAUACAUUAGGCCUGGCUGUUGGUAAAAAGAGAUCUGUCAUCUCCUGAUGCGUUAUUUAUAACCUGGGCAUUGUCUUUUAAUUUGAUGUUUUUGGUUGCAAUUGUAUCAGCUCUGCACAACUCAGCUCCCCAGCUUCUCCUGGUCUUUUAUUCAGGGUUCUGCUACAGGGAUUAGCUGUGUAAAUGCAUUGUAUGUGGUGUGGUGGGGUGGUGGGGGGGGGGGGGCACCUGGGGUUGGACACACAGCUGCGAUUAUUUGCGAAUGAAUUAUCUAUUGAUUGCAUUUUGAGUUUUUGAUCAUUUUAAAAACAAAUGUAGGUGGUCAAGCUGGGAGUGACGUUGGGCUACUAGGAUGUUUUCUGUUUUAGGUCUGAUCAGUAGUAGUGGUGGUGGGAGUUUUGGAGAAAGAGGGCACACUCUGUCGACAGAAGCUGUAGCUAUCCAACCUAACAUGACAUCAAAACUGUAAAUUGAAUCCUAAAUAUAGACCCUGAGACAGAGUGUGCUUUUUCUUCCUCCUGUAUUUCAUGACAGGUCUGGCUUUCAGUGACAGUGCCCAAAGGAUGAAAACAAGCUUGUAAAACAGACCAAAAUCUAUAAAUUGAAAACUCUUCACAUGACAUCUUCCAAAAAAAAACACUUAGUUCAUGUGAUAAAACUUCCUAUUGGCCAAAGUCUGUUGAAGCCCCCUUUGUGCCUGUCACAUCAGCCUGCCCUUGGGAAGCUCAGACUGUAAUGCCCUGUAAUACAUCAGGGUGUAGUAAUACUGCCUUCCUUCCCAAUGGAUGUGCCCUGCCUCCCUUUUCCUCCCCCCUCCCCCUGUCUGUAUCUGGUGGAAGGGGAUGGAAACCAACCUGUACAAAUCUCCUGUUUCUUUUUGUUUUGCAAACCUUUGUCAAGUGCCUCUGUAGCAAUUAAUUGAUUUGAAUAAACAUGAACUGAUUUUAGGAUGCAGAGUCAAUAAAGAGGUGUUGUGUACAAUAAA